UCGUACCAUCUACAUUUUUUAAAAGAAGUUAUUAAAUAUAAUUGGCUACAUAUGGUAAUGCAAUUUAUAUAACUGAUUUUAACAAAAUUUUGGCACGUGAAAAGCCAAUGCCGUCUUUUUAACAAAUUGAAUUUUAUUUACAUAAGUAACUGAUUUUUGCUUCUUCUUCUUCUUCUUCUUUCUUCAGAGAUACAAAAUUUACAGAAGAAGAAGAAGAAAAGCUUAAGAACUAACAUUCAUGAAAAUGGCUUUACGGGUCUCUGUUAUCGUUUCCAACGUUACACUUCUCUUCUUACUCUACCUUUUGAUUUACUCCAGUAUUCCUGUAUCAAGGAUGAUGAGGCUAAGAGAAACUAGGGAGAACCUUGAUAGCUAUCUGAACGAAACCCAUUUAGAUCGUAUAUUUGUGAAAUCAUUACAAGAGAAAACAGAGUACAAAGCUCCAUUGAGAAAUUCCAACAAUGGGGGAACUGAAAUGCUUGAAUCUCGGAAUCAAAGUCAAUGUAAUCUCGUCUUCUUGGCAUCAGCUAAUCCAUAUCAACCUGCAAACGGCACUACGUUUGAAGCACGGAGAAAAUCCAACUUGGAUGUUCGUCUGAAUUACACUCCAGUUCAUCUCAUCUAUACGGCUUAUGCUGAUGUUGAUGUAGAUAAAGUCCGCCGCCGAAGGUUUAUGAGAGGGAUUACCAUCGUCAAUUGGAGUCUUGUUCUCAUCACUUUCAUCUUAAUUGUGCUUCUUGCCUGCUUCUUAUUCAAGUAUAUAUGCUAGAUAACAAUCUUGAUGCAUUGUGAAAUGGAGUUAGAAGUUGAAGAAAUGAUGAAUACUCAAGUCAAAUUGGAUUGAAUUUUAGAUACGUAUUUCUGUACUGAGAAACAUAUAUCAUUCAAACAGAUUCUUGUUAUUCAUUCAAAUGUAAAUUGAGUGUCUUCAUAUCA